AUGGCGGGUUCUCCCAACCUAUCUAGCCCCGGUCUAGAUGCGACCGAGAAGGAUCCCCUCGAUACUGGAUUCGGUAACAACCAAUACCCCUCAAACCACUUCCUCACACCAGCCAACUACCCCUCGCGAGGUCCAGGCGGCGGUCAACAACCCCGCAACUUUUCAGAGAAGAGCUACACUCAGCCUGGAAAGCGAGGAUGUCUACCAACCAACCCUACCAAGCGGCGCUGGCUUCUCAUCGGUCUCCCCAUUAUCCUCGUGAUCAUAGCCGCAGGCGCAGCGGUCGGCGUAUACUUUGGCGUGGUCAAGAAGCCAGCGACGACCGGAAGCAGCGCCGGCGGACUGGGAGGCAACUCGACCUCACCUGUGAACUUUGGCGUGGCGGGGACCGGCAAGACUGGCUCGACGGUCGUGUCGGAUCUCGGAGUGUCGUUCACCUAUGUCAACACCUUUGACGGUAUGUGGGCGCAGAACCCGCAGAACCCGUACUCGGUCUCAGGCAGAGCUCAGAGCUGGUCUCCAAGCAUCCUGGAGAAAUGGGUAUGGGGUCAACACAUUGUCCGAGGAGUAAACCUCGGUGGUUGGCUGGUCACUGAGCCCUUCAUUGUUCCCGCCUUGUAUGAGCAAUACCAAAAGACAACACCGCAAGCUAUCGACGAGUACACCCUCUCCCAAGCGAUGGGCAAAGACCUCGCUGUCAAGAUGGAGGAGCACUACAGGACCUUCAUUGUCGAGCAGGACUUCGCAGAUAUCGCCAAGGCUGGGCUGAACUGGGUCCGUAUUCCCAUCGGCUACUGGGCCAUCGAGACGCACGCGGACGAGCCCUACCUUCCGAGAGUAUCCUGGACGUACUUCCUGAAGGCCGUCGCGUGGGGCAGGAAGUAUGGUAUCCGUAUCCUGCUCGACUUCCACGCUCUUCCAGGAUCCCAAAACGGGUGGAACCACUCCGGUAAAGCCGGUGUCGGCGGCAAGCUCGGAGAUGGUGUCAACUGGAUGUACGGCGUCAUGGGCAUCGCCAACGCUCAGCGGCACUUGGAGCAGAUCAGAAGUUUGACACAGUUCUUGACCCAAGAUGGGAUCAAGCAGGUCGUGCCAGCCUUGAGUCUUGUCAACGAGGUGCAGUCUACCGUCGUCGGUGACACUCCCUUGCGAUCUUUCUAUUUGCAGGCGUAUAACAUGAUCCGCUCGAUUACUGGCUACGGGGCCGGGAACGGUCCGAUUAUUGUCAUUCACGAAGGCUUCGAGGGUAUCGCCAACUUCAAUGGCUUCCUGGGCGGUGCGGACCGACUUGCUAUCGACCAGCACCCAUACCUCGCCUUUGCCGAGCAGAACCUCGCCAAUCACACCACCCAGGCCCGCGUCGCCUGUAGCUGGGGCGGAGGAACCAACGACACCCAAGGCUCGUUCGGUAUCGUCCUCGGCGGCGAGUGGUCCAACGCCAUCAACAACUGCGGUAAAUGGCUGAACGGCGUCGGCUCCGGCAACUCGUACAACUCCAUCCCUAACUCGCUCGGCUGCACCCACUGGGAAGAGUGGUUCAAGUGGGACGACGCGACCAAGAAGGGGCUCAAGGACUACAACAUGGCGACCAUGGACGCGCUUCAGAAUUGGUUCUUCUGGACAUGGCGGAUCGGAAACUCGACCGAGAUGCAGUACCCCACCAGCCCGAUGUGGAACUACAAGCUCGGAGUGGAGAAUGGUUGGAUCCCGGCGGAUCCCCGAGUCGCGGGCGGAUUCUGCAAGAGCAUCGGAGUGGCGGGCGGACAGUUUGCUGGAGUGUACCCAGCAUCCGCGACGGGCGCUGUAUCCACCUCUGUCGCUUUGGCCAAUACAUCCGCCAUUGCUGCCUGGCCGCCAACUUCCAUGGGACCGAAUUUCACUGCCGCCGCCCAGGUCGCCCUCUUCCCGACCUACACCCAGACCGGCGCACCCAUCACCAUGGCCACGCCCGCUCAUCCUGCCAAUGCGACAGUAGGGAACGGAUGGGCCAUGCCGAAGGACACUGCCCAGGCCUUUGUCUCGGUCGCGGGGUGCCCUUAUCCCAACGCAUAUGACGCUACCAAGCUGGCCGAUCUGCCUACUGCUCGUUGCAGCGGGGCUGGCAAGCGGGAUCUUGCAGCAGCUGCCAGACCAACACCGCCCCCCAAAGUCUGA